CAUUCUUCUGAAAGUGGAAAGUCUCCUAUAGACUCAUCAGUUUCGGAUAACAUUGAUUAAUUUGGUUUGCAAUUCUAUACAUUUAUUUUCAUUACUGAAAAAUAAGCAUUGUUAAAUACAAGUCUAAUCUACUUACAUUUAAGUAAGUUUACAUCAAUCUUAAAGUAUCGAGUAUAUAGAUUUAAAACCGAAACAUUUGAGAAUGUUGUUUGGUCUAUAAAUACUCUACUUUUAUGAGGGAGGAGAAGUACUGAGAAUAUAUGUAUAGCCGACGAAGAAUUAUUGAAGAGCAAAAGUAAAGUCACAGUAGUCAAUAAUCCAAUGGAAAUCACUGUUAAAUUGAUUUCAAGAAGUAACAUUACGACAUUCCGAUUCGUCGUCACGUUUCAAUCAUAAAUCUGUGAUAAUGAACUUAAAAUCUAUAAUACCGUAAAAUAAAGCAGUCGCAUGCACCACUAAAUGAAUCGCUCGCUUAUUUUUUAUUUUCUUUAUUGGCAAUUGAAAAACAAUAACAGAUUUAGAAAUCAAUUAACUAUCUGAUUUAAGUAAUAAGAAUACUAACAAAAAUUAUCAUAUAAUAGAACAACUGAAUGGAAUCGAAUAACAAUAACACCAAAAUUGUUCCGUGAGAACGGUAAUUGAAAAGUGUUUUCGGAUUGGCAUGUCAAGAAUCCAUCAAAGACUAGUGAGUGGAAGGGAAUCAACCAGCGAAUAGUGUUUACUUUCAAUAAAUAAAUAAAAAGUGUAAAGUUUCCGUGAUACGAAAGUGCUGGAGGAAAGAAGAGGUAAUGGUUAAUGGGCCACCGACGGGUCCGUCACCCCUAGAGCAACGAGAUCGCCUAGUCGGGACUAAUGGUGUUUCGAAGGUGCCAUCAAACAAUACUUUCAAAAAACAUUAUCCAGACAGAGAAACAGACACUAACACGGUGAUUAUUGUUGAUUGUGACAGUGGUGGCGGUGAUAGUGUUGACAAGUUUAACACUAACAGUCUCCUCGAAAGGUUGCUGGUAUUUAGGUGGCUUGGUAGUUGUAGGAGAAGUAGUUGUAGUAGUGGUAGCAUUAGUGGUAGUCACAGUAGCAGCAGCAGCAUCGGUGGUAACAGGUGCCAAUCGAGUGACAGGAGUUUUCAGCCACGACGGAGUUCAGCACUGGGGCAAAUUCACGACCUCUGGUGCAGAGAGACAAGGUCGAAGAGAAUCCAGUCGAACGUAUAACAACGGCCCUGAAGACGCGGGCGCCUUUAACUGCCCCCUCUGUCAGGGGGAGCAUCGAGUGGCGACGACGCCGACGAAGACGACGAAAAAAGCGAAGACGGAGGUGUGGCGUAGUGUCGUCAGCGAGCUGGUCGGAAGAUCAAAAAAUAUUAUUUAUUGCAGUAUCUCAAGAUUCUGAGAAAGUUCACCGUCCAAAUCCAGCAGACGACGAACUUUGACAAGUGACGCCUUUUUUCAAUGAAUAUAAAAUUAUAUUUAAAUAACGCUCUCCUCCCUAUUAAUAUAAGCUUAUAAAAAGUGCUUCAGUUGUUCCAAGUUAUAGUCUAAUGUGAUAAAUGUUUUUACUAAGUGAGCCCAGUGAAUGUGAUGUGAUAAGUCAAAAAAAAAGUUAAAAAAUUUUCAUGUCUAAGUUGUCUUUUUAAAAAGUGUGAGUGUUACGAGAUAAAGUGAGUGACAAGUGAUAUACCGAUGAUCUUACGCAAGUACAAAAGAAUUAAUUUAUUAAAAUUUUGAAUAACAAAAUAAUUGAUAAAUUUAUUUUAAAUAAUUGUGAAAUAGUUGUGUUUGUGUUCAGUGCACAAAGUUGGUGGAAAAGUGUGGGAUUAAGCUGACAGUAUAGUAGCAUGAGUUCUUACUUUGCGAAUUCAUAUAUCCCAGACCUGCGUAAUGGCGGGGUGGAACACCCCCAUCAGCACCAGCAGCACUAUGGAGCUGCCGUUCAGGUGCCCCAGCAGGGUCAGAGUGUCCAGCAGCCACAGCAAGCUGCUGAUCCUUGUGAUCCAUCAAUGCUCAGGCAGGGAGUUCCUGCACAUCAUUAUGGUGCAGCAGGUACUCAACAAGGUAUGCCUUACCCAAGGUUUCCACCUUAUGAUAGAAUGGACAUUAGAAAUGCCGCUUACUACCAACAACAACAAGACCAUUCAAGUAUGGACGGUAUGGCUGGAUACAGGUCAUCAUCUCCAGGAACGGGGAUGGCCCACAUGGGUCAUACACCCACACCAAAUGGCCACUCUUCUACACCUAUUGUUUAUGCAAGUUGUAAGCUCCAAGCUGCAGCAGUUGACCAUCAAGGUACUGUUCUUGAUGGUCCAGAUAGCCCGCCACUUGUGGAUACACAGAUGCAUCACCAAAUGCAUGCCCAGCAUCCUCACAUGCAGGCUCAGCAGUCCCAGCUUACACAGCAGCAACAAUCACAACACCAGCAUCUUCAGGCACAGCAGCAACAUAUGCUGUACCAACAGCAGCCCCAGCAACAACCAAAUAAUCAAACUCAACCUGUUGCCAUUCACAAUCAGCAACAGAAUCCGACACAACAACAUCAAGGUGUUGUAACGUCACCAUUAGGACAACAGCAACAAAGUACACCUCAGGGUGCAGCGAGCGCUAAUUUACCUAGCCCACUCUACCCUUGGAUGAGAAGUCAAUUCGAGAGGAAACGGGGUCGGCAAACGUAUACACGUUACCAAACACUUGAGCUGGAGAAGGAGUUCCACUUCAAUAGAUACCUGACGAGACGACGACGUAUUGAGAUAGCACAUGCUCUUUGUUUGACAGAACGACAAAUAAAAAUAUGGUUUCAAAACAGGCGGAUGAAAUGGAAGAAAGAAAACAAAACGAAGGGUGAGCCUGGUUCAGGCGACGGCGACACCGAUAUUUCGCCCCAGACCUCUCCACAGGGUUGAGAACCUGAAAGAAGAGUCAAGGUCUUCCAAAGAGCUUCUCAUCUCUCAGGGUUUCGCGAACCUUGUCUCCAACACUACCUCCGAUAUCCCUUCCCGAGACUCACUUGAUAACUCUCUCUUAAAGAAAUAAAAUACCCAGAUUCCCCUUUUUAUGUUUUGCAAAUUACCCUCCUCAGUAAUGACGCUUACCUUGUCGUGUUAAUCAAGUUGCUCGUACCAAAAAGAUGACAAAGAGAAAGAAAACAUAUUAAGUGGAAUGACCGAGAGGUGAUGGAUUAUUAAGUUGUUUGACUGUGAAAAUUUUAUUCAGGUCGAUAAAUAAAGUCACGGGAAUAAGCAAUUAUUUAAAAAAAAAAAAAAAAAUUAAAAAAAUACAAAUUAAUAAUGGAUUUAACAAUAUGAUGAAAAUAAUAAUAAUAAAAAAUAAUGAUAAUGUUUCAAAAAAACUGGAUUACUUGAUAUAAUCAGAACCGCGUUAACCUCUAUUACAUUUUGUCGAAUGCAAUUUAUGGAAGUCUCUUUAGAGAUACAAAAUAUAAAACAUGUAAUUUAAAUAGACGAAAAAAAAUUUCGAUAAAAGAAUGCUGUGGUGUUGCAAAUGUUAUAUAUAGAUAUCUAUAUAUACAGGGCAUUCCAUGUUCACUCAUCCAGUCAAAAAUUCUCGCUCUCUCUGAUUUGCUUGACAAUUUUUUUGAAUAAAGAUUUAUAAGUGAUAAUUUUAUCUUUAUUUUCAAAUUCCUUCACAUUUGAAUUUCUUCUCAAAUCUAUAAUUCAUAGCGAAGAUAUUCUGAUCUUAGAAGUGACACUUGGUGAUUCAAAAUAUUUGAUAUUAGUAAAAUAAUUAGUUUCUAGAGGAGAGUGAAAAUUUUUGACUGAAUAGUUUAACAUUGACUGUUCUUUAUAUAAAUUAUAUACUUAUAACUAGUAAGAAUGGUACAAUGCAAGUCUGAGAAUAUAUUAAUAUUAUAUAUUGUGUAAUGUGAGAUGUACAUGAAAGAAUGUAAGUAUUAGUAUAUUAUAAUAUAUAAAUAUAUAUAAAUGUCACCAAGGAUAUGAUAAUAAUUUGCGUUCAAAAUCUAGGAUCAGUUGAUUAUUUAUUCUCAUAUGUCUUACAUUUAUUUAUAUAACGCAUACAUAAGCGUUUACUCGUGUAGAUAAUCUAUAUUAGUGAUAGAUGAACAUUAUUAUGGUAUUUCGAAAAUUAUUUAGAUAAUGUCUCUACAACCGCGAUGGCUCGAUGAGGAUAAAAAAAAAUUUUCAAUUCGUGCCAACUGUUAGUCUUGACACGCUAUUAUGCGUGACAAUGUGAGAUUAUCAUGGGGAGGAUGAAGCAAACCACACUUUUUUA